CUAAGAACACCGUAAACAUGGAGGUCAAACAGCGAGAUCGCUAUAAAACGAGCUCGUUGGAGAGCCGGACUUUAAAAUUGCAUCGCUGUCAUAAAGUCUAGAGAGCAUUAAUAACUCAAUGGGGUAUUUAGUAUGCUGAUAGUUUGUUCACCUGCUGAACAGCACCCAGUCUCGGCUUGACUUCAGUGCAUGGUCUAUCCGAAAUAUCUUUAUCCUCUAAAACGUUCCCAUUUACUCGUAGAGUUAAUAGUUUAAAAUAAGGAUGGCUGUGUCUAAAUCUAAUUUAGCGAUAGGACUUUCAGUUCUGGGAGGAUUGGGAGUGCUGUUCGGGACUGUCCUGGUUUUUGUCGGACCAAUUGCAAUAGACGAUCAAAUAGUCAAGAAUGUUGAGAUUAAUCCGAAGAAUGACCUCUCCUACACUAUGUGGAAAGACAUCCCGGUCCCCUUCUUCAUGUCUGUUUAUUUCUAUCAUGUUGUCAACCCUGAUGAAAUCCUAAAUGGGGAGAAGCCCAUGGUUGUACAGAGAGGACCUUACGUUUACCGUGAAAAACGCUGGAAGGACAAUAUCACAUUCCACAACAACAACACAGUGUCAUAUCGAGAAUAUCGGCAAUAUUUCUUCGAGGAAAGCAUGUCUGUGGGUGAUGAAUCUGAUGUGGUCACCAUCCCAAACAUGCUAGUACUGGGUGCAGCAGUCAUGAUGGAGAAUAUGCCAUUUCCUGUACGGUUAUUGAUCAGCACCACUUUCAAGACCUUUAAAGAGGGUCCUUUCUUGACUAAACCAGUGGGUGAACUCAUGUGGGGCUACGAGAGCAAGUUGGUGGACUUCCUGAAUAAAUAUCUCCCUGGAAUGCUGCCAUCCAGUGGGAAAUUUGGCCUGUUUGCAGAAUUUAACAACUCCAACACUGGACAGUUCACCGUCUUCACUGGCCAAGAUGACAUCAGGAAAGUUCAUAUGGUGGAUUCCUGGAAUGGCCUGAAAAAGGUGAAUUACUGGAACACUGACCAGUGUAACAUGAUCAAUGGUACAGCGGGCCAAAUGUGGCCUCCGUUCAUGACCACAGAGUCCACCCUUUCCUUCUACAGCCCUGAUGCCUGCAGGUCCAUGGAGCUAGUGUACCAACGGCCGGGUAUGUCACGCGGGAUUCCUGUAUACCGUUACGUGGCCCCAAAGACUCUCUUCGCCAACAGUACAGAUUACCCCCCCAAUGAGGGCUUUUGUCCAUGCAGACAGUCAGGCCUUCUCAACGUCAGCACUUGCAGACACAAUUCCCCUGUGUUCAUCUCCCAACCUCAUUUCUUCAAUGCGGAUCCCGUUCUUUUGGACACUGUAAACGGACUGAGCCCUUCUGAGGAGCAACAUGGGCUUUUCAUUGAUAUCCAUCCGGAGACUGGCGUGCCGAUGAAUGUGUCCAUUCGAUUGCAGCUCAACCUGCUCAUAAAGAGAGUAAUGGGCAUCUCAGAGACAGGAAAGAUAUCAGAGGUGGUGAUGCCCAUGAUCUGGUUUGAAGAGAGCGGAUACAUUGAUGGUCCUGUCCUGAACACUUUCCGCACUAGUCUGGUGGUGUUGCCCAUGGUAAUGGAGUACAUGCAGUAUAUCUUCAUUGGACUCGGGUUAGCAACCAUUCUUGGAGCCGUGUUAUUAUUCCUCAGUGACAAGAUAAAAAGUAAGCUGGGUGUCUGGCGUGGCACUGAUGUGGAUCCAGUCAGCUCAACCAGCGAAAAGACCCCAUUACUACAGAACACAGAGAACUAGAGCGGCCAUCCACACUACAGUAUACUUGCAUUAUAAACACAGUGCCUCACAGUUCCCUGGGUAAUAAAUACAUUAUUUAAUAAGUAUUGGGGUUGAUGAAUAAACUGGUUGGUAACCAGUAGAGACCCAAGUAUCAUUAUGAAGGGGAUUUGUGUGUAAUAUGAACUCUUUAAGUGAUGAAAUCUGCACUGUGGUUUGGUCAGAAAGUGCUACAUGCUGUCAGUACUGGAAUUUUGAAAGUGAAAGUGAAAGUGAUUUCAAAUGCAGUGUCUAGUGUAUUGUGUCAAAUAUAAAGUAG